AUGGAGGAUGCAUCAGAGGACUCAUACAGUGAUGCAAUAUGUGUAGAACUCAAGAAUAGGGACUAUGAAAUUGCAGUGCUGGGGCCUCCCAACAGUCAACGGGAGGCAAAGGAGAAAAUAUGUAGUCAGAUUUUGGAAAGAUUGAAAGGUGUAUCUGUUACUCAGCUGCGCUUUUUCCUCAUGGACGAGUUGGGUGAAAUGGAGCAGCAAAAUUUCUUCUGUGAACCGAACCUGGUGACGAUAAUAAUUCUCUCCAGGGGAAACUGCGGCAUUUCUGAUUGUACCUGUGCAUACAUGCAAGGCAUGGCAGCAGCAGCUAUUCUGAUCAUAUUCUUCAAUGUAACCGUGCAUCACAUUUUCCGUUUUCACUUUAUACAUUCCUUCUUCUCCUGCACUGGAGUUUGUAAGUUUAUUAUCUUCAUGAAUGCAGUCAGCCUGUACCUGGUAGUGUGGUUCACAGUCCUGUCCACACUUGAUCGCUAUGUCGCUAUAUGCUGUGAGAGGCUGAAAACAAAGUAUUGCAGAGGGAGGACAGCGACUGCAGUUAUAAUGAGCAUUAGUGUCUUAGUUUUCCUUGGUAACGUACCAUAUUGGUUUAGUUAUGAAUCUGAGAAAGUAAUUGAUCAUUUACAAUGGGGUUGCCGCCCCAAGGAGAACUUCUUCAAUUCUCUAGCAGAUGUAGCAUUCUCUUGGUUACAAAGUGUUUGUGUAGUUUGUCUUCCAUUUUCGUCGAUUUUCGCGUUUAAUUUAUUGACAAUCAGACGUAUUGUAGUAGCCAAUCGAUCUCGCAGGAACAUCCGGGGAUGCAGUAGUGACAGUCAAAGAGACCCAGAGGUAGAAAAUCGACGAAAAUCCAUUAUUUUCCUCUUGACAAUAUCUGCCAAUUUCAUACUUCUGUGGCUGACAGCAAUGGUGAGCUUUUCAGCAACAAGGAUAUCAAACACUGAAGAUUUUCAAAGAGGUUAUGCAGCUCCUGCCUACAUUGCCACUGAAGCUGGUUACAUGCUCAUGUAUUUCCAUUCGUGUACAAAUGUGUGCAUUUAUGCCGCCGUUCAAAGUAAAUUCCGGCAAGAGCUGAAGAAAGUUUUGACAUCUCCUUGGUCAGGUAUUCUGAAGUUGGUUCUUCAAAAGGAAAGUUGA